AUGACGAUGACCAACCUCCUGCCUUCAGCCGGGGACGCAAACUGCUAUUACAUCCUGACAGAAGACUGUGCCUAUGGAAGCAAGUACUUCCAAGCUGGGAACAUGUGCUUCUGCAGCGAGAGAACUUACCUGCGUAACUACGCCGAUGACAGGCCCCCGACUUGCUUCUUGAAAGUCAUCAUGCUGGAUGACAGCUCCACCGUCACGGUAAACGUAGAAAUCCUUCAGCCUGUGCGCGAGGAGGCAGCCGUUUUCCUCCUGGCCAUCAGCAGCCAUAACGAACGCUUGGACUGCUUCUUGGGGAGACUGAGCCUUGAUGCAGCUCUGCGGGCCGUGCCAGGCCAAAAGGUGACGGUGGAGGUUGACCGGCAAUAUUUCCCUGGCGUCAUCCGCUACAUCGGGAGCAUUUACAAAAACGCUUCGGCUGUGCUGUCUCCGUUCUUCUUCGGGGUGGAGUUACAGGGCGAGGGUGAAAACAGAGGGCGCAGCGAUGGAUCUUACCACGGCACUGAGUAUUUCAAGUGCAAGCGGAACUGCGGGAUCUUCCUGCCGCUUAGCAGAAUCCAGUUUGCUCCCACACUGGGCAACGACUGUGUGAAACAGAAGCCAAAACCAGACACGGAAGAGGGAGUUCCUGUGAAAGUUGGAGAUGCGGUUAACUUCUACGUGGACGAGGUCCUCACAAAAGGAAUAGCGAUGGCAGUUUAUAGAGAGGGAACCCAGUGGUUCGUUAAAGUUUGUCCGGAAGAAGAAGGAACAACUGAUUUUUUCCGAGAAAUCCCUAUGGACUCUGUUGUGAAGGAAAGUUUGCAAAGUGUAUUUUCACCGUUUGAGUCUGACAUGGGCUUGGGACACCCAAACCAAAUGAAACGAGAGAUAAGCGACAGCGGUGAGGAGUCUGAAAGUGGGAAUUCAUCCCUGGAGGUGAACUCCAUGGUCCAGAUCACCUUGGACAAAGGAAACCAGGUUUCGGGAAUCAUCCGCUGGUUGGGCUACCUGCCCCGAAUUAAGCACAAAAUGGCAGGAGUUGAACUGGAUGAAGAUAAGGGAGUCACUGCUGGCGAAUGGCUGGGCACGUACUACUUCCACUGCGCUCCGAAGCGCGGCCUCUUCGUGAAGCUGCAGUCCUGCCAGCCCGACGUUCGCUUCCAGUGUUCACGCAACAGCGAGCUGAGCCUCGGGGAUUAUAGAGGGCAGGAAGUUCUUCCACAGGUUGGGGACAGUUUUCCUCCCCUCAGGAACGAGGCAGCGGUGCAUGUCCUGCGAGGGCGGAUGAAGGGGAUCCAAGGGCACUGUAAUUCCUGCUAUAUGGAUGCAGCCCUCUUCAGCCUCUUCUCCUGUACGUCCGUGCUGGACUCCAUGCUCUUCAAGCCCUUCCUACUGUGUGACAGGAAUGUCCAGAGCAUUCUGCGGGAUGAAAUAGUUAACCCCCUCCGAAAGUAA